ACUUCUUCAUACCACUUCUUGAAGGCGGGAAAGUCAAACAAAUGCUUCUAACAAUAGAGCUUCUAAAGCAAUAGAACCCUUCGAGUUCUAUUACAUUUUUAUGAACACCGACCCAACAAGAACAAAGACUUUGGUCUUUCUAAGUCAAAAAUAUAAAGAAGAGGAAGGAGCAUGCAUGAAAAGGAGGAGGAAGAGAUGGAGACCCAUUUGGGGUUUACUGAUAUUUUGUUUUCUUGGUCACUUGAAGAUAUUUUCAAUGAAAAUUUGUACCAAGACAAGAUUGAAAAGAUUCCGGAUACUUUUGGCUCUGUUGAGAGUUAUCUUGGGUCAUAUAUCAACCCUUUACUUGAGGAGACUAGAGCUCAGCUUUGUUCUUGCAUGGACAUGGAUGUUAUAUUGGCUGCACCUUGUGCUGAAGUGAGUUAUUUGGUAGAGUGUAAGCCAUAUAAUACCGGGUUAUAUGACUGCAAGGUUGAUGGAUGGAGGAACAAAUUUGACCGAAUUGGGAAGGAGCCAUACAAAGUUUUUCCUGGAGAUGUAUUUAUUUUGGCGGAUGUCAAACCUGAACUUCCUUCAGAUUUGCAAAGAAUGGGAAAAUCUUGGAGUUUAGCCAUUGUUCAUAAAAUGCCAGAAGAUGAUCUCUCCUCCACUUCAUUUAAAGUAAAAGUACAGAACUCAGAGAUGAUUGAGAAAUCGAUGUUUGUGGUUUUUUUGUUCAAUAUACUCCCGAGCAAAAGAAUAUGGAACGCAUUACACAUGAAUGUGAAUUCAGAGAUUAUCAGGAAAAUUCUAUGCCCCAAUUCAUUGGAUGCUGAAGAUUUUGACACGUCCAGUCAUCUGUAUCAAAAUUUGAAUGCCAGUUUUCUCUCAUCAUUAAAUGCCUCUCAAGAGAGAGCCGUUUUGUCAUCUCUUUACAAAACAAAUUUUGAGCAUGAAUCUAAUGUUGACCUUGUAUGGGGUCCACCAGGGACAGGGAAGACGAAGACAGUUAGUGUGUUGCUCUUAAAUCUAAUGCAGAACAGAUGCAAAACUAUCAUAGUCGCUCCAACAAAUGUUGCCAUCGUGGAAGUUGCCACCCGAGUUCUUAAUUUGGUCAAGGAGUUGCAUGAAAUAGAAUAUGGACCAGAUUAUUUAUAUUAUUCUUUUGGAGACAUUCUUUUAUUUGGAAAUAAGGAGAGGCUCAAACUUGGCUCAAAUGUUGAAGAAAUGUAUUUGGAUUAUCGAGUUCAAAAACUUCUGGAGUGCUUUGAUCCCAUCACUGGUUGGAGGCAUUGCUUUGGAUCCAUGACUGAUCUUCUUGGAGAUUGUGUUUCUCAGUACAAUAUUUUCUUGGAAAAUGAACUUAAACAAAAAUGCCUUGAUGAUAAAGAAACUGAUGAAAAAGGCUGCAUAAGUAAAGAUAAAGAUGAUAAGGUGGCUAGUAAAUCUUUUCUUGAAUUUGCAAGAGAGAGGUUUAUGUCUGUUGCAUCUCAACUCCGAAUGUGUCUUGCAAUCUUCAGUACUCAUUUACCUAGAAAAUGCAUUUUGAAGCUUGGUUUGAAGGACUUGGUUUCCCUUUCUAAAUCAUUAGAUUGUUUUGAGGAUUUACUAUUUCAACAAUCUGUUGUUUCUAAUGUACUUGAGGAUCUUUUUAAAUGUUCUGUUGUAAGUGAAGGUUUCCCUACAACAUGCACCGAUUUUGCUUGCUUGUUUGACAUGGCAAGAAGUGGUUGCCUAUCCGGUUUGAAAUCUCUUCAUUGUUCCUUAACAGCACUUAAGCUUCCAAGGGCCAUAAACAGAUUAUCGAUCGAGCACUUCUGCUUUCAGAAUGCUUCCUUGGUCUUUUCCACUGCUUCAAGCUCAUAUAGGUUACAUUAUAAGUAUAGGUUAGAUUCUAAGUCGAUGCCUUCUUUCAAAGUAUUAGUAAUUGAUGAAGCAGCACAGUUGAAAGAGUGUGAGUCAAUCAUUGCAUUUCAAAUUCCAGAUUUUAAGCAUGCUGUACUCAUAGGUGAUGAGUGCCAAUUACCUGCAAUGGUUAAAAGCAAGCUUGCUGACAAUGCUGGAUUUGGAAGAAGUUUAUUUGCACGGUAUUGCUCUUUGGGCCACCCGAGACACCUUCUCAAUGUGCAGUACAGAAUGCACCCAUCCAUUAGUUUCUUUCCAAAUUCGAAAUUCUAUUUUAGCCAGAUCUUGGAUGGACCUAAUGUUCAAAGUUCGAACUAUCAGAAGAACUAUCUUUUGGGAUCUAUGUUUGGACCCUAUUCUUUCAUAAACAUAAAGUAUGGAAAAGAAGAGAAAGAUGAUAUUGGACACAGUCGAAAGAAUAUGAUCGAGGUGGCUGUUGCUUUGAAAAUUGUGCAAAGUUUGUACAAGGCAUGGAAAAACUCAAGACGAAAGCUCAGCAUUGGUAUUAUCUCCCCGUAUUCUGCUCAAGUAGCAACUAUUCGAGAUAAAAUUGGACACAGGUAUGAUAAGCUUGAUGGCUUUUGGGUGAAGGUGAAAUCUGUUGAUGGCUUUCAAGGUGGUGAGGAAGACAUAAUCAUUAUCUCAACCGUUAGAUCAAAUAGAGGUUCUUCUGUUGGAUUCUUAUCUUGUGAUCAAAGGACAAAUGUUGCUCUUACAAGAGCUAGAUAUUGCCUGUGGAUUCUAGGGAAUGAUAAAACAUUGUCAAAUAGUGAGUCUUCUUGGGCUCAUUUGGUCUGCGAUGCUAAGGAUCGUGGCUGUUUCUUCAACGCUGAUGAUGAUGAGAACCUAGCCAAAGCAAUAGUGGAUGUUAAGAAAGAGUUCAACCAACUUGACGAUUUAUUGAAAGGAGAUAGUAUUCUUUUCAGAAAUGCAAGAUGGAAGGUUCUAUUCAGCGAUAGGUUUUUGAAAUCAUUCAAGAAAUUGUCAGCAGUUGAGAUGAAGAAAAAAGUUCUGAAUCUUCUACUGAAACUUUCCAGUGGUUGGAGGCCAAAAACCAGAGAUUUAAAUUUGGUAUGUGGAAGUUCAACGAGAAUUUUGAAGAAAAUCAAGGUUGAGCGCAUCUACGUUAUUUGUUCAAUUGAUAUAGUAAAAGAGUCGGCGUACAUGCAAGUUUUGAGGAUUUGGGAUGUCUUACCAUUGGAGGAUAUUUCAAAAUUGGUCAAACAUCUUGACAGUAUAUUCAGCUCAUACACUGAUGAAUACGUCAAUCUUUGUCAAGAAAUAUGCUAUGAUGGGGAUUUUUUGGAAGUUCCCAAAACUUGGGCAUUCAUGUCAGAGCUUGUAAGGUACAAGAGUCAUGUUGACAAUUCAAAUGAGGACAACUUACAAGGUGCUGCUUAUGAUGGCAGAAGUUAUGUUGAGAAUUCAAAGGUCAAAGACAGCUUGUUACUGAUGAAAUUUUACUCCUUAUCAUUUGGUGUGGUGAGCCAUUUGCUUUCGGAUAGAGAUGGCAUUGAGUUGGACCUUCCAUUUGAAGUAACAGAAGAAGAACUAGAUAUAAUUCUUUAUCCCAGAAGCACUUUUAUCCUUGGACGGUCUGGAACUGGUAAAACAACUGUAUUGACCAUGAAGUUAUAUCAGAAGGAAAAGUUGCAUUAUUUGGUUACAGGAUCCUAUGGAACUGAGGAUGGUGUGAGUUCAGAAGCUGGUCAAAAAAGUGAAAUUUCAGAGAUUCCAGCAGCGGAAAAUGGAGCUGUUUUGCGGCAGCUUUUCCUGACAGUUAGUCCAAAACUUUGUUAUGCUGUUAGACAGCACGUGUCUCAUUUGAAAAGUACUAGAUUAUUGUUUGCUCAAGACAUCAAUACGGAUGAUCAUAUCAAAUACAGCCAUUUUCCUUUUGAAUCAUUUCAGACAAUGAAACUUCAGUUUACUUUCGAGUUUAAUGUAUUUUACUCUAUCAUUUACAGCUAUGCUUGUGGUGGGGAUACUAAGAGAACAACUGCAUUUGAUAUGGAAAAUAUGGAUGACUUAGAAGCACAAUUCACGGAUGUCCCAGAUUCCUUGGCUAAUAUUACAACGAAGUCAUAUCCACUUGUGAUAACUUUCUACAAGUUCUUGAUGAUGCUGGAUAGAACUUUAUGCAAUUCUUAUUUUCAGAGGUUUUGUGAUGCAAGACAACUUCUAUAUGGUCAAAAUUAUGGUUCAAGAUCUAUUGCAUUGCAAUCUUUUAUAAGAAAAAAUGAAGUUACUUACGAUCGUUUUAGUUCUUCUUAUUGGCCUCAUUUCAAUACCCAACUCACGAAAAAGCUAGAUUGCUCCAGGGUUUUCACUGAGAUUCUUUCACAUAUAAAAGGGGAUCCUCGAGCCAUUGAUGCAAGUGAUGGAAAACUAAGUAAAGAGGAUUAUCUUUUACUGUCCCAGGGUCGAACAUCCAGCUUAACUAGGCAGGAGAGAGAGACAAUUUAUGAGAUCUUCCAAAGUUAUGAGAAACUGAAGAUGGAAAAUAGAGAGUUUGAUCUGGGUGAUUUUGUUAUUGAUCUCCAUCAUCGCCUUAGAACUCAAGGAUACGAGGGUGAUGAGAUGGAUUUUAUUUACAUUGAUGAAGUGCAGGAUUUGAGCAUGAGUCAGCUUGCUCUUUUCAGUUAUGUCUGCAGAAACGUCGAAGAAGGAUUUGUCUUUUCAGGUGAUACAGCUCAGACAAUUGCCAGGGGAAUUGAUUUUAGGUUCCAGGAUAUAAGAUCGUUGUUUUACAAAAAGUUUGUAUUACCAAAGAUAAGGAGUGGAGGUCGUGAAAGAGAAGGCAAAGGUCACAUUUCAGAGAUAUUUCAUUUGAGUCAAAAUUUUAGAACACAUGCUGGAGUUCUUAAUCUAUCACAAAGUGUAAUUGAUCUUCUCUAUCAUUUUUUCCCACAAUCGAUUGACAUUUUGAAGCCCGAGACUAGUCGUAUUUCUGGUGAAUCCCCUGUGCUGCUUGAAUGUGGAAACAAUGAAAAUGCAAUUAAAAUGAUCUUUGGAAAUAGAAGUAAAGUUGGGAGUAUGGAAGGAUUUGGGGCCGAGCAGGUAAUAUUGGUGCGCGAUGAAUCUGCCCAAAAAGAGAUCCUUAAUAUUGUUGGAAAGAAAGCACUUGUCCUUACCAUUCUGGAGUGCAAGGGACUUGAGUUUCAGGAUGUGUUGUUAUACAACUUUUUUGGUUCCUCGCCAUUGAAAAACAAGUGGAGGGUUAUUUACAAUUAUAUGGAGGAGCUAGGCAUGCUAGACUCCAACUUAGAUCAGUCUAUACCUCAAUUUAGCAUGUCAAAACAUAACAUUUUGUGCUCUGAGCUGAAGCAAUUGUAUGUUGCGGUGACUCGUACGAGGCAGAGACUAUGGUUUUGCGAGGAUACAAGAGAGCAUUCUGAACCCUUGUUUGAUUAUUGGAAAGGAAAAUGUGUGGUGCAAGUUCAACAGUUGAAUGAUUCCCUUGCACAAUCUAUGCUAGCUUCGAGUAGUAGGGAGGAUUGGAGGUCACAAGGGUUUAAGCUAUACCACGAGGGCAACUAUAAAAUGGCAACAAUGUGUUUUGAAAGAGCUGAAGAUGAUUAUUGGGAAAAAAGAUCCAAGGCCUCUGGUCUUAGAGCUUUUGCAGAACAUAUCCAUAAGGCCAAUCCUGUAGAAGCUAAUUCUAUCCUCAGGGAAGCAGCUGUAAUAUACGAAGCAAUUGGAAAGGCUGAUUCUGCUGCUCAAUGCCUUUUUGAUAUUGGAGAAUUUGAAAGGGCAGGGGUGAUUUUUGAGGACAAUUGUAGAAAACUAGAAAGGGCAGGGGAGUGUUUUCAUCUAGCAAAAUGCUAUGACCGUGCUGCCGAUGUUUAUGCCAGAGGAAAUUUCUUUUCUGCGUGUUUGAAUGUUUGCUCUGAAGGGAAAUUGUUUGACAUUGGUUUGCGAUACAUUUUAUCCUGGAAACAAGAUGCUGGAUGUGAUCACCAUGGAUUCAAAAGUAAGAAAAUUGAGAACCUUGAACAAGAGUUCCUAGAAAAAUGUGCUCUUCAUUUUCACUACUGCAAAGACAGUAGAUCCAUGAUGAAGUCGGUUAAAAGUUUUCGAACUGUAGAUUUGAUGCGUGGUUUCUUGAAGUCCUUGAAUUGCCUUGACGAGCUACUUUUGUUGGAAGAAGAACUUGGUAACUUCUUGGAGGCAGUAAAAAUUGCAAAGUCAAAAGGUGAUUUACUUCAUGUCGUUGAUCUUCUAGGUAAGGCAGGAAAUUUUAGUGAGGCCUCCAAGCUUCUUGUACAAUACGUACUUGCCAACUCUCUCUGGUCUCCCGGAUGCAAAGGUUGGCCUUUGAAGCAGUUUAAACAAAAGGAAGAGCUUUUGAAGAAAGCCAAAUUCUUGGCAGAAAAUGAUUCAAAAAAAUUAUACGACUACACAUGCACAGAGGCAGACGUUAUAUCAAAUGAAAACGUUAGCUUGGAAGCUUUGGCUGGUUAUCUAACUGCGACUAAAAACCAAAAGAGUUUUAGAGGUGAAAUGAUAUGUCUUCGAAAAAUGUUGGACGUUCAUUUGAAUACAUCAAAAUACACUUUGGAAGAUGAACUAGUUUCUGAUCUAACCAAACAUUCGAAAGAAGUGGUUUUGAAAAACCAAGUGUCCCUUGAAACUUUGGUUUACUUUUGGCAUUGCUGGAAGGAUAGAAUUUUAAGCCUCCUUGAGAGCCUUACGUUUCAUGGUGGGAAUGCUGUUGAUAUCUACCCUUACAAUGAGUUCUGUUUAGAUUUUUUUGGUGUUUGGCGGCUGAACAACAGUCACAUAUUGCUCAAUUCAAAUGCUGAUUGGGCCAAAAAUGUGGAUGAAAGAUUCUUUCACAGGAAUGGAAAAUUGGUCUCUAUUGAUGCUGCUCAAUUUUAUUUAUUUUCCAAGAACUAUUGGACUACAGAAUUACGAACUUCUGGGCUGAAGGUUUUAGAAAAGCUUGACUGUCUCUAUAAAUUCUCCAACAAAUGUCAGCUCACCACGUUCCAUUUGUGUAGGCUUCUCAGUCGCAUGUUUGAAGUUGCAAAAUUUCUUCUAGAGACCACACAUUUGAAUCACGGAUAUCAUGAUAAACAGAUGCUACUUAGAUUCUAUAAAUUGGCAACUGGGGAAAUCCAAAGUCAUUUUUUCCCACCAGAUUGUCAAGUUUCUUUAAAGGAAAGUUUAAUAUGUCUAAGACUUACUGAUGUUUGUCAGAAUAUGAUGACCGAAACUAUCAUGGAGAAUGUUCAGCUAACAAUUAGGCCAACUUAUGGAAAAAUUGGAAGGGUUGCAAUGUUGAUUUUAGGAUCUAGAAAACUUGAUAAGAAAUUGUGUAAAAGUAUAUUUAACUGGUUACGUGAGAAUUAUCCUUGGAGUUCUUUCAUUCAAGAACUUUGCAACAGUAAGAGUGUAGAAAAUGAGCCAAGAGGGAACCUGGCAAAAGAAAUGGCUUUAGUGUGGAGGUUUCAUGAAGCUCUAAGGGACAUGUACAACGCUAAUUGGGUCCUAGAGCGAGAUUAUAUUUCGCCUUUCUCUUUCAUGUACCUUGUCGAAAGGCUUUUGAUCAUGGUAUCAUCCAUGAAGGGAUACUUCAUCACUACAAAAUUCUCUUUUAUUGAAUGGCUCAUCUGCCACGAAGAAAAUUCCAACUUAACCUACAUUUUAGGAGCUCAAACACAACAUUCUUUUCAAGCUACUGUUAAAUUUUUGGCUAAUAUUCUGCAACAUCUUCUUUUUGACGUGAAGACAACAAAGGAUUGGACAAGAAAGACACAUCCAAACUUGAAGGAGUACUACCCGAUUUUGGUGCGGAGAUUGGUUGCUGUCACAUGUUUGCUUAAUCUCAACUUUGGCAUCUGCUUUGAUGUACUCCGCAAUUUGCUUGGUCGCAACUACAUUACCGACUGUUUACCCUCAGAAUUUUGUGAUGCACUUGGGAGAAAGAAUUUUUUUUGUGUAGAAACUGAUAAAAUGAAUAAGUUUGCUGGAUUCUUCAAGGCAAUUGGGAACCCAAUGGUAAUUGUGAGUUCAGGUGGAGAUUGUAAGCAAUUCAAAUGUAGAGAUGCAACCCAUGUCAACUUGAAGAUCAGCCGCUGCAUCAAUGACAUAAUGAAGGUUUUGUUCCCAAAGGAAGCCAAAAGUAUGCAAAUUCGAGCCGACACUCCCAAAUUUCAAGAUGUUACUACUACUACCAGUGAGAUGCAGUCAUCAAAAGGCUGUGAUCCAGGUGAAGUUACCCAGCUUCCAUCCUCUAGCUUGGCUUUAGAUAAAUGUAAGGAGACUCAGGAGAUGAAAUCUGAUUGCGAAAAUGAGGGAAAUUUACCGAAGGCUGCUGGAUACUGGGAAAUGUUUGAAGCUUUGACAUCAGUAGAUGAAAAGAGCAAAAUGUGGAACGCGUCAAAAGUGAAGAUGGAUGUGGAUAAAUGGGUUCAGCAUUUAACUGCUGCAAAAAGCAAGGCAGCUGAGAAAGAGGUUCCUUUAGAAAAAGUGGAUGGCUUGCUUAAUGAAUUAUGUUUGCUUUCUACUGCUCUAAGCAUGAGCAAGCCCGAGGAAAAUGCAACAGAAGUGAUAUCGAUUUCAAAGAGUUUGUAUGGAAGGAGGACAGAGUUAGGGUCUAUUUUUUCUAAUCUACUAAGCGAUGAUCCUGAAAUGGAAGUAGGCCAGAUGUCGGGUAUCAAGAAUGCUGAAGGCGACGAGAAUGUCAAUCCAGAUUGCAAUGACGAGAGCCCUGAAGAAUGCAGAGAAGUGGAGGCUGUGAAAGCUCUGAAAGUUGAACCUGUUUUGCCCCAGAAAGGGAAAGGGAAAGGAAAAAAUAAGCCCAAGAAAAAGAAGAAGAGUGGAAGAAAGUAAGGGAGAAUCCAACUGCUAUACUCUUACAACCAAUCAAAAUCUUAAUUUCUCUCCUAAAGUUAAAAUUCACCUCCAUCAUCAAAGCUCCAAAUUUAAAACCGUUUUAUAUUUUCAAUGUUAUCAAACCCUUCAAAUCUUUUACACUUUCAAGCAUUUAAAUGUUCAUCAAAAAGAGAUUCAUUGAAAAAGAUUCCUCAAACUCGAAACGAUUCCAACUUUGUCAUUC